AUAAUUCACGGCGUGCAAUGAUUAUUUAUACAAGUGGAACAACUGGAAAGCCAAAAGGGGUAGUAUCAACCCAUGCAAAUAUUACUGCUCAAGUUAAAUCUCUUGUUGAUGCAUGGAGAUGGAGUGAUAAAGAUAAAAUUUUACAUGUAUUGCCUUUACAUCAUCUGCAU